CCAACGAGAGUGGAUUUUCAACGAGCCCGAGAGAAGAGCGGAGAAGGGAAGACAUCAUUUCUCUCUCAGUGUCUUUGGGGCUAAGCACUCGACGGCAACGAGACCGAGGAAAAAAAAUAUUUCUCAACAGGAUUAUAUUUAUAUAACAUAAAUAACAAAAACUAGCCAUGGCCGAUACAGCUGUUGAUACAACCGCCACCACAGAGGUUACAGCCAAGGAGCUGAAAGAGAAGAAAGAAGCAGAAGCAGCGGAGGAGGAGGAGGAGGAGAAGUCGACCGAGAGCGGGGACGCACCUGCCAAUGGCACCAAUGGUGCUGAGCACAGUGACAAAAAGGAAGAAAUUACAGAGGAGGAGCAGAAGAAUGGAGCUGAAGAUGUGGAGGCGGCGCCCCCUGCUGAGGAAACCGAUGCACAGCCAGUGAAGCGUGCAGCUGAAGAGGAGGAGGACAAGGCCGAGACAAAAAAGCAGAAGACAGAGGAGAAUGGCGACUCAAAAGAAGCAGACGUGGAGGCUUAAGUCUUUACCCUGCUACUUGUUUGCGGCACUGUCCUACCAGUCUGGUCAACAUUGCUUCGUAGAGCUUGUGCUUUCUAUGUUUUUGAUAGAUUUUCCUUUUGGUUGCUCCCAUAUUCUCACAUUGCACUGGAGUCUUUGAGAUGUAGUGGCCCUGCAUACUUCUUUUUUAUGAAAUGUUAUUUAUUGGUCUUGAAAAUGAGCUUUUUUUUCUACUUGUUCAAGUCGGGCCACGCCAUAAGAUCAGUUUUUUCAUUUCCUGACGUUUCACAUCAGUCUUUUAGAAGCACAAUCUCUAUGCAAGUGUUGACCAGGUGAUUCAUACAUACAGGCAGCUGCUCACCCUCAAGGCUCAUGUUGACCUCUCAGAUACACUUAAAAGGACCAAAGAUAAGUUUUAAGCAGGGGAUAAUAGACAGUUGUUGGCAUUAUUAGUCGAGGUGUCAAUUUUUGUGUUAAGCUGCUACUUAAUUCCUGCCUGCCCUGUUAACAUAACAGAUGGUGCAAAUGAGUAAAGGGGCUGUCUCUUACACCUCCACUGAUUGUGUAACCAUUUUCUUUCCUGUGGAGGCAGGAGUUUGCAAUGUUAAUUAACCCCUCUUAAAUCUUAAGGCUUUGGUCAUUUGUUCUGUAUGCAUUCCACGCAAGUUUGUACCAUUUAUACUUUUUUUUUCUUGCAUUUUCAACGAGUUUUAUGUUAUGGUUGAGUAGCCCACUUCUGUGUAGACCGCCUUUUUCAUAACCAGAAUGGCAUUUGGUUACUUCAGCCACUGCUUUGUAUAUUCUGAUUAAGAAAUAAAUUUGUCUUUUUA